GCUCCCCAUCCGCUCCGGCUGCCGCGCUUGCGCCGCCGCUACACGGGGCUCGGCUCGCCAUGUCGGCUUCCUCCUGCUCCUCCACGGCCGCGCUGCGGCCGGUCACUCACCUCAUCUUUGACAUGGACGGCCUGCUGCUGGAUACUGAACGUCUCUAUACAUUGGUAUUUGAAGAGAUAUGUGGGCGUUUUGGAAAGACCUAUACUUGGGAUAUAAAAUCAUUAGUCAUGGGUAAAAAAGCACUAGAAGGGGCACAGAUUAUUCGAGAUGUUCUAGAUCUUCCAAUAACCAAAGAGGAGUUACUACAUGAAAGUAAAAUGAAGCAGGAGAAGAUAUUCCAUACAGCUGAAUUGAUGCCAGGGGUCAAUAAACUGAUCCAACAUUUACACAAACACAACAUACCCAUAGCUGUUGCCACUAGCUCAGCUGAAGUGACAUUUCAGAUGAAAACAUCCAGACACAAAGACUUCUUCAAUCUUUUUCAUCAUAUUGUGCUGGGAGAUGACCCUGAGGUGAAGGGUGGCAAGCCACAGCCUGAUGCAUUUCUAGUUUGUGCAAAGAGAUUUCACCCUCCUGCACCUCCAGAGAAGUGUCUUGUGUUUGAAGAUUCACCGCUUGGAGUCAAAGGAGCACUGGCAGCAGGAAUGCAAGUGGUUAUGAUUCCAGAUGAAAAUUUAAGUCCUGAUCUUAAAAAGGAGGCAACUCUGCUGCUCAAUUCCAUGGAGGACUUUAAACCAGAGCUUUUUGGUUUACCAGCAUAUGAUUAAUGCCUAAUGUCUCUGUUCAUAAGCUUGACUGGAGUUCAGGAAACCAGAAUGAAAUCUUGUUAAGAUUUUAUAAUUGCUUUGUUUUGUCUCUCUUUCUUAAAUCUAGAGCAAAUAAAUUCUGUUAAAACUGUGUCUUCCACAGUGUUCUAACCUUUGAAAA